UCUGGCUGCAUCACCACCAACAUGCGCCCCCUCAUCGCGUUCCUCACCCUCGCCGCCGCGACCGUCGCGGACCCGACCGCGACCUACGACUUCAUCGUGGUCGGCGGCGGCGGCGCAGGCCUCGUGGUGGCGUCCCGCCUGUCAGAAGCAACCCACACCCACAACGUCACGGUCCUGGUGCUCGAGGCGGGCGGGUCCCACGUCGGGGACGUCAACGUCGAGUGCCCCGGCUGCUUCGGGACGCUGUACGGAAACAGGACGUACCACUGGGACUACGAGAGCGUCCCGCAGGCGCGGCUCGACGGGCGCGCGCACCGCCACAUGGCCGGCAAGGGGCUGGGCGGCGGGACCGCGGUCAACUUUAUGUUCUGGACGCCCAACUCGCGGCGCAACGUCGCCGACUGGGCGUCGCUGCUGGGAGGGGCGGGGCGGCGCCUGUGGUCCUGGGACGCAUUCCGGCCUUUCCUGAAGCGUGCGGAGCGGUUCGUGCCGUUUGCGUGCGGCAGCAGGGAGGAGCGCGACCUGCAGACGGGCUACGUCAACGAGUCGGCGCACGGCGACAGCGGCCCGACCGUCACUUCGUUCCCCGCGGCGUACGGGCCCCUGGUGGAGGCGUGGCCGCGUACGUACGCGAACCUGGGCGCGGCUGUCGACGGCGACCCAUACGACGGGGUGGUGGGUGGCGGCUUUACCAACCUGUUCAACAUCGACCCUGGAACCGUGGCGCGCAGCUACCCCGCGAACACGUACCUGGCGGAUGCGCUGCGUCGGAAUCCCAACGGCAUCCACGUCGAAACGGGCGCGUUCGUGACCAAGGUCCUUCUUCACACGACCCCCGGGACUCGGCCAAAGGCCACCGGGGUCUCGUACAUGCAAAACAACCGCACCUUUACAGCAACCGCCACCCGCGAGGUCAUCCUGUCGGCGGGCGCCAUGCAGUCCUCCAAGCUGCUCGAGCUGUCAGGCGUCGGCAACUGCACGCACCUCGCCACCCUGUCCAUCCCCUGCGUGGUGCGCAACCCCAACGUCGGCGAGAACCUCCAGAACCACCUGCAGCUGCCGCUCGGGUUCCGCGUCCGCCCCGGCAUCGCGACGGCCGACGACCUCGCGGCCGACGGCGGCGCCUUGUUCGCCGCCGCAAAGGCGCAGUACGUCGACUCCCGGACGGGGCCCCUGGCCACCGUCAACGGGAGCAGCGCCCUCCUCACGCUCGCGCAGCUGGGCGGCUCCAUGUCCGACCUGCUGCCGUUCCUGGACGCCGCCACGCCAUCCCCCGGACUCGAAGCGCAGCACGCGCUCCUCAAGGCCGGCCUGGCGACGGGCCACGUGGCGCAGGAGAUCGGCCUCGGGGCGGGCAUCAUGCCGUGGCUGUACAACGACUCGGCGCGCAUCUUCGCCAGCCCGGGUGACGGCUUCAACUACUUCACCCUCAUCUCGAUACAGCAGCACCCCUUUAGCCGCGGCGCCGUGCACUUCCAGUCGUCGGCCGACCCGGUCCUGCAGCCGCGCCUCGACCCGCGCUACCUGGCGCACCCGCUCGACCGCGCCGUGCACCGCCUCAUGGCCCGCCACCUGGUCGCCGUCGCGCGCGCGCCGCCGCUGCGGGACCUGCUGGUGCUGGACGAGGACGGCGAGCCGCUGACGCAGCCCGGGUACCCGACCGCGCGGGAGCUGGCCGAGGGCGACGACGCGGCGGUGGACCGGUUCGUGAGUAGGUAUUUGAUGCUGGCGUACCAUCAUUCGGGGAGCAACGCCAUGAUGGCGAGGGACAAGGGCGGUGUCGUGGAUGAGAGAUUCGAGGUGUACGGGGUCAAGGGUCUGAGGGUUGUGGAUGCGAGUGUGUUCCCGCUGAUUCCGCAGGGCACGCUGACAAGCACCGUGUUGGGAUUGGCAGAGCGGGCUGCCCAUUUUGUCAAGGAGGAUCACGGGAUUCUGAACUGAAAUUCUGCAUGGGGGUUGUGCCGUGCGAGCCCCGUCUCAAGAGAGGCUAUUUCGGACGAAAGAAAAUCCACCCUCCAUCGCCUCUCAGG